AUGGUUUCUAUCAGUAAAAGAUCUACAUUUCAAGUCGGUCAGGAACUUGCCAAUGAAAAAACCCUUACUUUGUCUUCGACGUCGAACGAAGGCUAUUUGAUCUCCCUUAGACCUUUGGUCGAGCCCACCGAAUCUGAAAAGGAGUUUCCAUUCGAGUGGGCAUUUGCUGGCCCACCUUCUAGUGCCAAAAUCGAAAAAAAGGACGAAUUGACUGAUGCAAUUGACUUUGAGUUCGAAUACGAUACUAAUGUUCAACUGAACGCAGAAAACACUCACAGAGGUGUUAUCAAAACAGUUUGGAAAAAAUGGGUGAGUGGUUUAGUCGAGGAAAGAGGUCAGGUUUUCCCAUUUGGAAAGGAUAAAGAAGCCGUUGACUUUUUUGAACUGUGGCAGCCAUUGGAUGCCACGCGGUCCGAUUUCGUGAUGCUAGAUGGUAAUAGCGAAAACCAGGAGACUGCUAGAUCUGUGGUUCUCAGCGUGGACAACGCCGAGUUCAAAGGUUUAGUGAUUACUGUGGGAAGAUGGACUCAAGGCAUCCUUUUCAAGAAAAACGAGCACACGUUCAACGGCUUGAACAUUCUAAGGGCCCUAGAGCAGCAAGAUGGCACAUGGAAAACGCUAUUACAGUACGGCCCCGAUUUUGGAAAUUUCCCACAGACGUUCGCCGCGCCAGUAGCGUCGUCAGUCGAUGGGGGCGCCCUCAAAUGGAAAGUAGUCGAGUCCAAUGUUUAG